UAAACUUGGAUACAAAUCAUACAAUAUGCAGCGAAAUGUUGAACCAAUCAAUAUAAGGAUCGGAUCUUUGUUUUUUCUUUAACAUCGAUCCCAAUUAGAUCACGCUUAAUAUCUGGAUCAAUUUCGGCCACCUAUAACAGAUUGAUUGAAAAACACAAGAAAUCCCCGCCACCAGGUACGUUUUUAUAAAAGUCAUGCACGUUUACUUUUCAGAUAGCAUGGUUGCUCCGGCCUGUAAAUUGGAACACUUCAUCUUAAUACAUACACAAACACUUAAAGACCUAUUACACAUUCUUCUCCAUAGCACUGACAUGGCUUCUCAUAAGCUCUUCAAUCCUCUGUCAUCAUCACUAUUCCUCAUUUUCCUCUCUUUCCUCAUCUCCCAAUCUUCAUCUGCCGACGUUCCUCUCAACACUUCCCUCCCGCCGGAGACCAUCUGCAAUUCCACCCCACACCCUUCUUACUGCUUAUCCGUCCUCCCUCACAAAAAUGCCAAUGUCUACGAGUUCGGCCGCUUCUGCGUCCAACACUCUCUCCUCCAAUCCCAAAACCUAAUGGUCUCCCUCAACCAAUACCUCCAAAGCUACCGGUCCUCUUUAUCACAGACCGCCAUUCAAGCCCUCGAGGACUGCAAGUUUCUUGCGUCCAUGAACAUUGAUUUCAUCUCAAACACCAUGCAGAAAGUUAACAGCACCGGUGACGCCAUGCUUCCUAGCUCCGACGCUGACGAUCUCCAGACAUUUCUCAGUGCCAUCAUGACAAACCAACAGACUUGUUCCGACGCUCUCCAAUCUGUUACUACUGUCCAAGACGAGCUCUUAGUCCCUCUCUUAAACUGUACAAGUAUGUACAGUGUCUCUUUGGCUCUGUUCACCGAGGGUUGGGUGCCAAAGGGUCACAAAAACGCUAAUGGCUCGCCAAACCAUCUCAGUUUUAGAAAGGGGAGGUUGUCACUGAAGAUGUCGAGCAGAGCGCGAGGGGUUUACAACUGGGUUAUCAGCCGGCCGGGAAGGCGGCUACUUCAAGCGGCUGGAGAUGAGGAAGUUGUGGUUAAGGACAUUGUGGUGGUAAGCCAGGAUGGAAGUGGGAACUUCACCACCAUCAAUGAUGCUAUUAAUGCUGCGCCAAACAACUCUGUUUCUAGUUAUGGCUACUUUUUGGUGUAUGUCACUGCCGGUGUAUAUGAAGAGUAUGUUUCGAUUGCGUCAAACAAGAAGUACCUUUUGCUGAUCGGAGAUGGUAUCAAUCAGACCAUCAUCACCGGCAACCGCAAUGUUGUGGAUGGAUCGACUACUUUCGACUCCGCUACUCUAGCUGUGGUGGCAGAAGGGUUUGUGGGAGUCAACAUAACCGUUCGCAACACGGCUGGACCAAGCAAAAUGCAAGCUGUGGCGGUCCGGAACGGUGCAGACUUGUCGGUCUUCUACAGCUGCAGCUUUGAGGCCUACCAAGACACCCUAUACGCACAUUCGCUGCGACAAUUCUACCGAGAAUGUGACAUCUAUGGAACUGUCGACUUCAUAUUUGGCAAUGCCGCAGUUGUUUUACAAAACUGUAACCUCUACCCUCGCCAGCCACUCAAAGGGCAAUCCAAUCCCAUCACGGCUCAGGGACGAACUGACCCUAAUCAGAACACCGGGACUUCCAUCCAGAACUGCACCAUUACAGCAGCUGCGGACUUGGCUUCAAGUAACUUCACUGUCAAGACAUAUCUUGGGAGACCAUGGAAGGAGUACUCGAGGACGGUUUACUUGCAGAAUUUCAUGGAUAGUUUGAUUGAUCCUGUUGGCUGGCUCGAGUGGACUGGAGAUUUUGCACUGAGCACAUUAUAUUAUGCUGAGUAUGAUAAUAGAGGACCCGGAUCAAACACUAGCAGCAGAGUAACAUGGCCUGGUUACCAUGUGAUAGGUGCAACUGAUGCUGCUAAUUUUACAGUCUCAAACUUUCUGGUAGGAGAUAAUUGGUUGCCUCAAACAGGUGUGCCUUAUACUGGUGGCUUAGUCUGAACAACCAUUCAAACCUGAUUGUUUACUUCGUUGUAAUUUGAGAAGCGUUUUCAACUUUUCAAGCUUAAUUAGCUACAUGGCAUAUAUAUGUGUGUGUAAGUACUUACAGUUUACUACUUUCCAAUUUCAGAUUGGGAAAUGUAUAAUUUCAAAGUACAAUUACUUUCCCUUAAGCUUAAUCCUUUCUACAUCAGCUUUGAUUUCAUUCAGUCAAUUACUGGCAUCACUUAUUCCCAUUGUAUGCUAAAAUUCCUUAUACGUACAGUUUUGAGAUGUGACAACAAACAACUAGGGACAUACUCGGGGGAAUU